ACGGCCGAUAGUGUUCUUUGUGGCCAUUGAGUCGUCAGCUGGGCCGAUGAAGCGACUCUCCGACUUCUGGGGGGAACGGGUACUGGAUCGGGAACGGCAACUGCUACUGCCAUAUAGCAUUAUAGCAGCUAGCUGGGAUCACUGUUUGUUUACUGACCGCCAGUCGCGCACGUCGCUUCGAAGACGCUGUUACUCGGUUAUGCGAAUCGCGAGUUAAGUCGCUGGAAUAAACUUGUCCUUAUAAAUCUCUUCCAGAGUGUGAUAGUCCUGACACUUUAAAGGGUUAUCCCAGAAUCCCAGAAUGGCGACAUCGCGGGAACAGUUCUUGUUCGGCAACGAAAACGGAGUUGCCGGCCUCGGUUUGGGUAUUGAGGUCGGGGAGGUGACCUCUAGUCGAGUCUACAACACCACCACAGUGCCUGUUAGCAAUUCUGGAGGAUGGCGAAAUGCGCAGUCUAGUGUCACGCCCCCACCAGUCCCCACUCCGCCGCAGGUGGCGUAUACCAAUGGAUCCACAUCCGCGGCCAGUAAACAGCCGCCAUUGGAACCCGUGGUGGAGGAGGAGGUGCACUUCGAUACCGAUGCCCUAAACAACCUGCCAGCCCGUGAGCCCGUGGACAUGGAAUUCAGAGAGCUGUCCCUCACCGUGAAAUUGGGCUUUAACCGAGGAUCCAAGGAAAUCUUGCACAAUGUAUGCGGAAAGUUCCCCGGCAGCCAACUCAUCGCCAUUAUGGGCCCUUCGGGAGCAGGAAAGUCUACUUUACUAGAUGCUUUAUCGGGUUUUAAAACGACCGGCGUGGAUGGCUCCAUCUUGCUUAAUGGUCGACGGCGUGACUUGCCCUCCUUCCGUCGCAUGUCCUGCUAUAUCACGCAGGAUGAUCGUCUCCAGCCUCUACUGACCGUGAAUGAGAAUAUGCAUAUAGCCGCCGAUCUUAAACUGGGUCAGACUGUCAGUUAUGAGGAGAAGGAGAGCAGGAUCGAGGAUAUUCUGCUGCUUCUAGGUCUGUACGAUCACGAUCAGACCCUAACAAUGCGCCUGUCCGGUGGCCAAAAGAAGAGGCUAUCCAUUGCCAUGGAGUUGAUCAACAAUCCCACUGUGAUGUUUCUGGACGAGCCCACGACUGGCUUGGACAGCAGCUCUUGCACAAAGGUCCUGGAGUUGCUCAAGAGGUUGACCAGUCAAGGUCGAACCAUUAUCUGCACAAUCCAUCAGCCUACGGCUAAGUUGUUCCAGAUCUUUGAUCAGGUUUACGUUCUAUCAGCUGGAAACUGUGUCUACCAGGGCAGCACCCAAAAAUUGGUGCCAUUUCUGCAUUCCGUGGAUCUGCCCUGUCCCAUGUACCACAAUCCAGCGGAUUACAUUAUCGAGCUGGCCUGCGGAGAGUAUGGCUACGACAAAGUAUACACCCUUAAAGUUGCCACGGAGAACGGGAGCUGCCUGACUUGGUUUGACAAUCCCAGUGCCGUGUUGCGUUCUGAUGUUUUGAUGAGAAAGUAUCCUAUCCCAAAGAAAGCUAAAAGCCGUUCCUUGGAGGACACCAGCUACUCAAACCAAUGCUCUGUGCUACUGCGACGCGGUUUCAUCAAAGCCAAACGAGACACGACGAUGACGCACUUAAGGAUCGGAGUCAAUAUUGCGGUGGCUGCUUUGUUUGGAGCCAUGUACGAUCACACGGGACGAGAGGGAUCUCGAGUGCUGGACAACUAUAACUUACUAUUUGCCAUACUUAUGCACCACUCAAUGACCACGAUGAUGUUGACUGUUCUGACUUUCCCCAUGGAUAUUUCCAUUCUGAUCAAGGAGCACUUUAACCGCUGGUACUCACUCAAAGCUUAUUACACUGCCAUGACCCUUGUGGACCUGCCCAUAUCGGUGAUUGCUUUCUCUUUUACGGUAAUCGUUUACCUAUGGAGUUAUCAGCCUAUGGAGUGGGUUCGCUUCUGGAUGUUCUUCGCCAUUAGUUUACUGACCGUGUUUGUGGGCCAUAGUUUUGGUUUGAUGAUUGGUGCCUGGUUCGAUGUGGUCAACGGUACAUUCUUGGCUCCAGUACUAACUAUUCCGAUGAUGAUGUUUGCCGGAUUUGGAGUGACUUUGCGGGAUCUGCCAAGCUACUUAAGAUGGGGCAGUCACAUAUCAUACUUAAGAUAUGGAUUAGAAGGCUUCAUAGCGGCCAUAUAUGGUCUGGAUCGAGGAGUUCUGGCCUGCGAUGAGGCGCCCUACUGCCAUUACAGGUAUCCAAAGAAAUUCUUAGAUGAAAUAACCAUGAGAGGUGAUCAGUUCUGGAACGAUGUCAUUGCUCUGGUUGCCAUGAUCCUAAUUUUCCGACUGGUUUCCUACGUCGUGCUCAAGGCCAAGAUCAAGUCAAUCAGAUAGGCUGUUUAGGGAAGACACACCUGUUGCCCAUUCCUUGUAUUAGAAAUUAAUUGUUGAACAUUACGUUUAGUGCUAUUAAUAUUUAAAUAAUAUGUACAAGUACAUAAAAACUGUUAAAUAAAGCUACGAUUUGUAACUA